AUGACACCGCCUAACUCUAUGAUGCAAAGUUUCACAAGUAAUUCUUUCAUGGAACUUGAAGCUGAUUUCAAUUUGGCGCAAAAUCAAAUUUUUAGAAGUUCAGAAAAUGAAAUGUAUGAUUUGACAAACGAAGAGUCGCAAGAAGAUGCUAAUAUUAGUUUGGAUAAUAAAAUGAAUAGUUCGCAAAAUACCUCAGAUAAUGAAGAAUUACAUGAAGGCUUAAAGGAUUUUCGACGAAAUAGGAAUGACCUUUAUUUAGACAAUUUAAGCAUUUGUCAUCGUAGUUUUGAAUAUUCUCAAUCACGUGCACAUAAAGCCAAAAAAGUAAUUGACAUUACCAAGCAGCGUGAACGUAAUUCAGCAGCAAUUAAUUGCCAGUGGCACGUGAAUUUUAACAAACGUAAGGAUGCUACUAAAAUAGUUUGUAUCUCUUUUGUUAACGAACACAACCACGAAAUGAAUCCCGUAAUUGUUCAAAUGGCACCAUGUUUUCGAAAAUUGUCAAAGGAAAUGUUAGAGGAUAUAGAGUUUUACACACAUUCUAUGAAAGGUUUAGGAGCAAAAAUUCAGUAUAGUCUUUUAAGUGCUAAGUACCCAAAUAAGUAUAUAGACAAGAAAGACUUGUAUAAUGCUAUUCAACGGUUUAGAAUCCCUUCACGUGAUAAAUUAAAAACUGAUGCCACAGAAGCCUUGCAACAAUUAAUAGCUUUAAAGGCUAAAAAUUCUGAAUGGGUAGUUGUGCCCAAUAUUGGUGACAGAAAUAGAUUGACGGUGCUUUUUUGGAUGUCCCCUCUACAAGUUUCACUAUGGGCACAAUUCCAUGAUAUUGUAAUAACUGAUAACACUUGCAAGACCAAUUGUUAUGAAAUGCCAUUAUGCCUUUUUUUAAUUGUAGAUAAUAAUACUUGUUCACGUAUCAUUGCACAGGCAUUAUUGGAAGACGAAACGCAGGCUUCUUUUGAAUGUUUAUGUGAAAUUGAUUUUGAGCGUCGUUGGAUGCGGUUUGUUGAGUUUCUCAGAUCAUUCUCUAAGGCAUCUAGAUAUGCACUCGAAACACUUUAUCCUUCACUUUCACAUAAUUCAACUUUAUUACACCUGGUUGAUGCUAUACAAAAUCGUUUAAAUGAAGAGGCGCGAUAUGCACGAAUAAAUGAACAACAGAACAUGAAUCCAUCCAUAGGCCUGUCUCAUGUUGUAACAAAAUACUUUCCUGUCAUCGAUUCUUUAAUUCGAGAAUACUUGACUCCGCAUGAUCAGUUUCCGCAAGAACCUGAAAACAUUGUUGAAAAUGGGUGUCUCGAAGAUGAUUAUGAACGGCAUCAAAUAGGUCUUAAGUCAUUAUUACAAACUUUGGAACGUGAUAUUGUUGUACAAAUUUGGAUAGUAGUGCCGCAAGGAUUGUUUCAAGGUCAUUUUACUAAUUACAUUGUAAUACUUGCGGAUGGCACGCAUUUAUACACUUGCCUUACCUUAGUUAGCAAAGGAAUCGUCUGCUGUCAUUUUAUGAAAGUCUUAAUGAAAUCACAUCUUGCUAGAUUUCAUAUUUUUUUGAUAUCCAGUCGGUGGUACAAGACUGACAAGAUAAAUGAAAAUAAAAAUCUAAUUGCUUCUCUCCCACCAAUCAACUUAUAUGAAUCUAAUCAACCUUCGGCAACAAAUGUCACUUCACAUAUUAUCGAUUUUCAAUACCUUUCUCGAUUUCGUGUUGCUAAUGUAUUUACACCCGCUUUACAAAAAUCUGUUAGCGAAAAAACGCGUUGGUCUAAGGGGCAUGAAUUAACAAAAAAAGCACUUAACCUAACGUUACGGCUUAACUGUGAUGAUGAAUUUAAUCAGAUGAUGGAGAA